UGGUGUUCAGUCCGGGCACCGCGCAUGCGCGCCGGCCGGCAGAGUGGAGCCGGGAAGGUGCGCGCAGAGGAGCCGGUUCGCCGCCCCCGGGGUUGGGCCGGGGCCUGAGCUGCGUCGCGGGCCCGAGGCGGGCCGGUGCUCGGGAAAGGCCCUUUGUCGUGGGCUGAGGUGAGCCGGCCAUCCGCCGGUCCGGAGCGCCCGGGUUCCGCCGCCAGGCCUCCCGGGGCGGGCCUACUGUCUGCUGCCGCCGCUGCUGAAAGGAGACCGGGGCGCGGCGGCGGCGCCGGCAACCGCCAGGAUGAAGCUGGUGAGGAAGGACCUGGAGAAGGAUAAUGCGGGGCAGGUGACCCUGAUCCCCGAAGAGCCCGAGGACAUGUGGCACACCUACAACCUGCUACAGGUGGGUGACAGCCUGCGGGCCUCCACCAUCCGGAAGGUGCAGACCGAGUCAGCCACGGGCAGCGUGGGCAGCAACCGCAUCCGCACCACUCUCACCGUCUGCGUGGAGGCCAUCGACUUUGACUCACAGGCCUGCCAGCUGAGGGUCAAGGGCACUAACAUCCAAGAGAAUGAGUAUGUCAAGAUGGGGGCUUACCACACCAUCGAGCUGGAGCCCAACCGGCAGUUCACGCUGGCAAAGAAGCAGUGGGACAGUGUGGUGCUGGAGCGCAUCGAACAGGCCUGCGACCCAGCCUGGAGCGCUGAUGUGGCAGCUGUGGUCAUGCAGGAAGGGUUGGCUCACGUCUGCCUCGUCACUCCAAGCAUGACACUCACCCGCACCAAGGUGGAGGUGAACAUCCCCCGCAAGCGGAAAGGGAACUGCAGUCAGCAUGACCGGGCCCUAGAAAGGUUUUAUGAGCAGGUGGUGCAAGCCAUCCAGCGGCAUAUCAACUUUGAGGUGGUGAAGUGUGUACUGGUGGCUAGUCCAGGCUUUGUACGGGAGCAGUUUUGUGACUACAUGUUCCAGCAGGCGGUCAAGACUGACAACAAGCUUCUUCUGGAGAACAGGUCCAAGUUCCUACAGGUCCACUCUUCCUCAGGACAUAAAUACGCAUUGAAGGAAGCCCUCUGCGACCCAGCUGUAACAAGCCGUCUCUCUGACACUAAGGCAGCUGGUGAGGUCAAAGCCUUAGAUGACUUCUAUAAAAUGCUGCAGCAUGAGCCUGACCGAGCUUUUUAUGGCCUAAAACAGGUGGAGAAGGCUAAUGAAGCUAUGGCCAUCGAUACCUUGCUGAUCAGUGAUGAGCUUUUCCGGCACCAGGAUGUGGCCACACGUGCCCGUUAUGUUAAAUUGGUAGAUAGUGUACGGGAGAACAUGGGCACAGUACGCAUUUUCUCCAGCCUUCAUGUGUCUGGAGAGCAGCUUGGCCAACUGACAGGGGUGGCAGCCAUCCUGCGCUUUCCUGUUGCUGAGCUCUCUGACCAGGAAGAUGAAUCUACCUCUGAAGAGGAUUGAUAACACUGACUUCACAGUUUCUUUUCCAAGUCAUGUUGAAAUGACAUUAAAGGCCCUCGCUUCCUAAAUACUGCGUGCAGAUGUGCCAUGACAUGUAAUUUAAGCUUUUGGUAGUGUUUCUUGGAUAUCUGUUCUAUGGUAAUGAUUAUUUGUAUAGUUUGCAUUGGAGCUGACUGUUUUUGCAAGUUUCACCCUGGCCUUCUGGCAGUACAAAAAAAUUAAUUUGACUGCCCAAAGCUGCUCAUUCUGCAUGUUAAGGCAGACUGACAGCUUAGUGUUUUGGAAUGUGUAUGAAACGAUAAUAAACUAAGAGGGAGGAAAUUAUUCCAGACUCUAUUUCUGUUCAAAUGCUUGAUAACAGUAUUGCAAAACAAAUGUAAACUCCAUGUAAGACCUAUCAAAACUGUGCUUGAUAUUCUUAGGAACUCGUCAUUCUUCCUAAGGUUUGGCAGAGGAGUGGGAUCAACGUCAUCUGUUAGGGGGUUUUGUGGUGUUAUGAGUCUAACCACUUAAAUAUUUCUGUGAAACACUUGAGCCAAUCUUUCUGAAACCAGACCCAUGCAAGACAAAUUGCAAAGUUCAGUGCACCCAUUUCAGUUCACUUUGAAUGCUGUUAUCUUGGGAGACUGUCCUGAAGGCAAACAACGUAUGAUGUAUCUUCUCAUUGACUGUGUUCUGAUGAACUGACAUUGGGAUUAACUAGCACCCCAUUCUGAGAAGGAAUAUGAAAAGGCUUACGAAAUCAGGACCUCAGUUUCCAUGAGGGAUCUUUUGAGAACAAAUAGUUUAAAUAGUUUAAUAAUCUGGUCAAUUUUUCUAUUUGUGUACCUCUUUAAAAACAUACAUAAACUGUGCUACAGAAGUAGAUUACAAAUUUAUAAAUUGAACUUCAGUUUAAGAUAAUGACAAAAUCAAAAUUACUUUUACAGUUACUUGAUCUGCUCAAACAUAACAAUUCAAGAUUAAGAAUAAAAAACCAAAACUUUUAGUAUGGGUAGAAUAAUUUUAGGAAAGGUAUUUUUAAUGGUACUCAUAUGUUGAUGGGUGCCAGUUUUGUGAAUUUGAUAGUACCUAUUGCUAGCUGAAGCAUCAGCCUAAACUCCUUGAUAGAGAAGUACUUUUGAGUUAAAAGGCAUUUCCCCUUUUCCCAUCAUCCACACAGUCUAAGGAAUGCAUGAACAGAACUUUAGCCUUAGAGCUGUACUUUAUUAACCCUUUGAUGCUUCUCACUGAAGGCAAGCAAGCCCAUUAAGACAAUUAUUUAGAGUCAGCUUGAACAGAUAAACUAUGUUUGAGCUUACAUUUUUGUCUUGAAUGGUGUUGAGCGCCACAAGUCAUAGAAUGCUCAGGUAGGCUUCCUUCAGCAGUUAAGACAGGUUAAAUCAUUAUAAUAAAACUUUUUUUUUUUUUUUUAAUCUGCCUAAACUGAUUAUAUACUUUACCUGCUAGAAAACAUCCUCAUUCCUGCUGUAUACAGAGUGAAAGGUAACAAACAUAUGAAACACGUAGAAUAAUAAUAUUACUUCAAUAAAUAUUACUUUCAUGCAGCAAACUGUGGCUUUAAACAGGUUCAUAAUGUCUAAACAAGGUCAUUAAUUUCUUUAAAAUAAGCUGGUAUAUUAGUAUUUCCCUUAUAAGUAAUGCUAAUUUGUUACAAUUGUACACAAAUUAAAAAUUGUAGUACACCAGGAAAUUCUUAGUUUAAUUCUCAACAAACUGAGAGACAAAUAAAACUGUUCCUCAGUUGUGGAAUGUUUUGUUUUCUAUUAGACGAAGUUGUUUCAAAUUAUUUCAUGUUAAACAAGAAACUAUGAAGAAUUUUUGCUGUGUAUAUAAGAUUACAAAGUCAGUUCUGCAAGUCUGUGUUUUGUGCUUGUGGUAGUGUAUCACCAAGGAAAAGAAAAGAAGCAGCCACUUUGCUGCUUAUUUGGGGUUUUUUAAACUAUGACAGCAAACAUCUGGUAAGAAAAUAUGUUCAUAGUGAUUCUUUGAAUUAUUUACACUUAGAAUUAAAAUUGUGCACUGGAUUUACAAUUUAUGUGUAUUUAUCUUAUUUUAGCUAUUGCUGUCAUAGUAUUAAGUCUCUGAAAGAAAUGUAUGGAAGUAUGGAAGGGUGGGAUUUUUUUGUUUUUGUAAGCAUUUUUGUAGUAAAAUAAAUACACAGUCACUAUGUAGACAACUGUAUCCUGUUUCAGGAAACAGCUUAAGGGUUUGAUAUUGAAAGUAGGCUGUGUUCAGUAGUUGCAGAUGCUUGACAUGGCAGAGUUCCAGGUUUCCUAGUAUCUUUUAUGUUUGAAGAAAUUUUGAAUAGUUGAAAAAUCCAUAUUAUCAAAGAUGCUUACUUAACACAGACCUUAAUGUCUGUGUGUAGAUAACACACAGAAGAUGCAUGUUAUCUACAGAUCAAAUGAGUAAGUGCUACAGCCAUGGGAAAAUACUUUUUGUCUUUCUUUGCAACGAAACAUACAUGAACUAAAAACUGUCUGCAGUAUGAAAAUUGUUCUCUUGCACCAUAAAGUAUUUAGUAAUUUUAAACAGUGUCUCAAUUUAGUUUCUGAUUAUGUUCUGACAUAAUUCUGUGAAUUGGUACUAUGGCUUAUCUUGCAAUUUUAUAGUUUUCAGAAUAAAUGAAUACAAGUUGUAGGACUUAUUAAUGUUUGUUAUGUUUUGUAGGAAGACAGCUUUAAAAUGUAUCAUGAAAUCGGCUUGAUCCUGAACACUGCUGUGGUCUUCAAAGGCUCAAAUAAAUUAAUUAAUUUAGGUCAUAAA